UUCAUUUCUAAUUCUACUCCUUAAUUAAUCCCAAUUUCUCGUUUAGGUUUUCUCGACUGAACACGAAAAUAAGAAUUCAAAUUGGAGCAUUGAGCAAGGAGAUUCAGUAAUCCGUAGCCAUGUCGGUGACGGCGGGGGUUAGCGAUACAGUGAUUGCGGUUAGGGAUAAGCUCAGGGGUAAAAUCGGGCAGACCAAAGUGAAAAGGUAUUGGCCGGGAAAAGCUCCGGAGUGGGCGGACGACCACGAUGAAGGCGGCGAUAUCCGGAUGGCGAGGUCGGCUGCCCUCGAGAAAGCUUUCCCCUCUAACGACGCCUCCAACGCUGCGCGGAAGGAUGAUCCUAGGUUGCGCCGUCUGGCUCAGAGUCGGAUUGAUAAUCGCGAUGAGGUUAGGGAGGAUCACAGGAGGAUUAGGCAAGCGGAGAUUGUCUCGACUGUGGAGGAGGAGAGCAGGAGGCUGGAAGGGAUGGAUGUUGAGGAGGAGGACGAUGAGGCCUUGGAGGAGAGGAGAAGGAAAAUUAGGGAGAAGCUGCUGCUAAGGCAACAGGAGGAGGCGGCGCUGCUGCCGGAGGAGGAGGAGGAUGAGGUCGAGGAGGAAGAGGAGGAGGAGUCGGAGUAUGAGACUGAUUCGGAGGAAGAGACCACUGGCAUUGCCAUGGUGAAGCCUGUUUUUGUUCCCAAGUCGGAGAGGGAUACGAUUGCGGAGCGUGAGAGGCUGGAGGAAGAGGAGCGGGCGCUUGAGGAGGAAGCGAAGAGGAGGAUUGAGGAAAGGAAGAGGGAGACGAAGGAGAUUGUGGUUGAGAAGAUUAAGGAGGAUCUUGAGGUUCAGAGGAACAUGGAGUUGGAUGCCAAUAUUGCUGAUGUGGAUACCGACGAUGAUGUGAAUGAGGCAGAGGAGUACGAGGCUUGGAAAGCGAGAGAGAUUGCUAGGAUUAAGAGGGAUAGAGAGGACAGGGAUGCUAUGGUGAAGGAGAAAGAGGAGAUUGAGAGGGUCAGGAACAUGACGGAGGAAGAGAGGAAAGAGUGGGAGAGGAAGAAUCCUAAACCUACGUCACAGUCCAAGCAAAAGUGGAGAUUUAUGCAGAAAUACUACCAUAAGGGUGCUUUCUUCCAGUCGAAUGCUGAUGAUCAUGCCGGAACAGCUGGGGCUCAUUCCAUUUACACUCGUGAUUUCUCCGAUCCCACUGGAGAAGAUAAGAUGGACAAGACUAUAUUGCCGAAGGUCAUGCAGGUUAAGCACUUUGGCCGAAGUGGGAGGACGAAAUGGACUCAUCUUGUUAAUGAGGAUACGACUGACUGGAAUACUCCAUGGACCUACAAUGAUCCUCUUCGGGCCAAGUACAAUCAAAAAAUGGCUGGAAUGAACGCACCUAUAGAGAAACCUAAAGGAAGCAAAAAGAUGAAGGAUUGGGAGACAAAAUAAAACCAAAAAGUUCUACAAAUGUAGAUCGCAUCCCACAUUUGGGGGGGGACACAAGUAAGCAGCCAAUAUAUAUGCAGAAUAUGUAUGCAUUUCUUCUGCAUACAUUAGUAGUGAAGAAGUCUCCUGCGAAGUUCCUUUUGGAGUGCACCUUUUGACAACUUAUGCUCAUUAUGGUUUAGGUUUACCUAUAUAUUAGUGUUGUACUUUGAAUCGCCUGUACCUCGACUUCCUUUACUGGCUCCAUACUUGUGGCAUUGAUCUGACUAUUUUUGGAGCUGCUAUGUUGCCAAUCGCAGGCAUAAUCAUGCAAACCAGCUAACUGUUUGAUUAAAUUUAAUUGUUUUACAA